GGGUCGGGCCAGCCUCGAUCGCUCAAUAUUCAACCCUUCGCCCGCGACGAGAGCGCCCGACAGCAGCGGCUCCUCCAGACGGGGGCACGAAUCGACCGUUCCUUCCUUUGCGCCCUCGCCCGCGGAGCUGUUCGAUCGCGGCCGACGUUCCGCCGGAGGAAGGAAGUCCUCAGGCCCCUCGGAGAAGGACCGGAGCCACGCGGGUGGCAGAGCGCGCGAUCUCUUCUCUCACGGCCCUCUCUUCUUCUUCUUCUUCUUCUUCUUCUGUCGCCCGAAGAGAGUUCCACCCUUUCUUCUCUCGCGCGCUCGCACUCUUCUCACCCCAGUUGUCGGGAGCCGUCGUAAGAGCGGGAUGGAGGGCAAGAAAGUCGAGCAGUAUUACUCGCCGCCGCCGAAGCUCGGGAAAUGGGAGGGCUUCCGUGUCUUCCUCUGGAACUCCGAGACGGGACAGUUCCUGGGGCGCACUGGCGCCAGUUGGGCUAAAAUUUUGCUGUUCUACGUAAUUUUCUAUGCCGUCCUCUCCGGCUUCUUCGGUGCGAUGCUCGCUGUGUUCUAUCAGACAUUGGACCCGAACGCGCCGAAGUGGCAGCUGGAUAAUUCGCUGAUCGGCAGCAAUCCGGGUCUCGGUUUUAGGCCUAUGCCUCCCGAAAGCAACGUCGAAAGUACUUUGAUUUGGUACAAGGCUAGCGACGAGGGUAAUUAUCUACACUGGACGCGGGAGUUGGACAAAUUCUUGGAAGAAUAUUAUAAGCCGCCGAGCGUUACGAACAGCUACGACAGAAUUAACUGCGAUUACGGUAAACCACCAUCACCAGGCAAAGUCUGCAAUAUAGACGUGCACGCUUUUCGACAUUGUAGUAAGGAGAACAAAUACGGUUUCAGCAAAUCCUCACCUUGCAUCUUCUUAAAACUGAAUAAGAUUUUUGGAUGGGAGCCGCAAUUGUACAAUGAUACCAAAAAUUUGCCGGCUAUAAUGCCAGCGGAUCUUAAGGAGCAUAUCAAGAAUGAAGAAAAACAAAAUAGACUGGACACCGUUUGGGUAUCUUGCGCUGGUGAAAACCCUGCCGAUGUGGAGAACAUGGGUCCAAUUCAGUACCUACCGCGUCGUGGUUUUCCUAGCUAUUAUUUCCCAUUCAAGAACAUCCAAGGAUAUCUGAGCCCUCUUGUAGCUGUGUACUUCGAAAAUCCCAAGUACGGCGUGCUCAUUAACAUCGAGUGCAAAGCAUGGGCGCACAACAUCAUUCACGAUAGAUUUGAGAGACGUGGCUCGGUGCACUUCGAACUGAUGGUGGACUAAGCCCGGCCGUUUCGGUCAAUCGCCAGAUCAUCAUCGCUACUAACCGCGUCCAAGUAGGAAGCCGCAAGAGUAUAGAACAGAAAGAAGACAUUUCUUUUUUAACCUGCCUCGUUGGCCGACCGCGAUCACACCCUGUACCAUCCGGUUUUCUCUCUGCCCGAUGAUACCGCUCCGGAUUAGCCUUACUUCUUCUCACUAUCAUCGUUUCAUCAGCUCAUCGUCUUUGUCGUACUUACAACGAUUGUAACAGCGGUAUCCAUCUAUCAUGUCAAUCGCCAAGAGAAGGAGACAGAAGAAAGGAAGAUGAGGAGAAGAGAAAGAGAGACGGAGGGAAGGGGAAAUUAGAGAGAAAGAGAAGAGAGAAAAUAAACGAGAGGGCAAAGCAAACGAGAAAAUGACCUCAACGGAGCAAUCAACUACAAUCGAGAUGCACAAAACCAAACCACGGGAAGAAAGAAAGGUGAAAUGAACAAUUCCGCACAAAAGCCGGGCGGUAUCUUCUCUUAUUUCUGCCAGGGUUGUGUCACGGGGAGUGAUCUCGACCAUCGACGGCUAGUCGAUCGUUCGCAAAACUUAAUUCGCGCGCGCGAAAGAGAGAGAGAGAGAGAGAGAGAGAGAGAGAGAGAGAGAGAGAGAGAGAGAGGUUCUCCCUUAGUCAAGAGCCCACCGACCGUUCCAGUUAGAUCUCUUGAGCUUUUCGUCACACAUGUUUCUUUUCACAAAGACGAGCUCUGGCUGAUAAGUUGUCACGGCACCGCGGAUGAUCGAUGAUCUUAGUUCAGCCAUGUAGAUGUAUUACAUUAGUGUGUUUUUGCCCAUCGCAUUACGAUACAUCUUGGCAUGUCGGUAUGUUGAAAUUUUUGGGCAUUGGUAAGAGUGGUACUCGGUGAAAUUUAAUAAAAGACAGCAGGCACAAAGGGAUACAAGUACGCGUUAAGGCUCAGUUGGACUAAUUGCUAUUAAAUAACAAUGGUAAACGUAGCUUGUAAUGUUAUUUGGAUCUUUGAGUGGUGUUAAUAGUUAAUAGUGUUUCGAAAGAAAAAUUAGCCGCAACGCGAAACUGUCAUCGGUACUUAUUGAAAUGUCGAGCAAAGCUACAAAUUAUGUAUAAGGUUGUUAAGGCCGUAAUUUUUCCAAAACUAUUAGCAUUGAGAUAUUGUUAACAUCUUUACAAAAAUGGAAACAAAUUCGUUAGAGAUUUUUGCUUUUGAAGCCGGGUUUGAUAAACAACAUCGCUAAAAUGAUUUCGACGUUACGUUUGCAACGUGAUGCAGGUCACAUCACAACAGAUCGCAAUUCUAUUUAUAUACUCGUAGCUACAAAAGCUAUUGAAUAAUAUUCGUCUCGUAUGUUGACAACUGUUACUUGUAUUCCUUUGUUCUGGAUAUUUUCAAUUGAGAGUUAAAAUAAAGUGUUAUUUAUUGAAAUCUGCUAUGGCGAAAGAAUAUAAGCAAAGAUACGGAUAUUAAAGAGGCGAUCGAUAGUUAUUGCCACCCAAUAAUAUGUUGAAUGUGUAUGAUGAUCUAUGAUUCUAUAUAAUGCAUUUUUCAUGAGAUAGAAAUACUGGAAUCUAUGGAUUCUUGCAUGCAGAGACACUCGGAUUCACAGAUUGUUGAAUCUACUGAUUUUUGAGCUCAUAAAUGCUCGGAUUUACGGAUUUGGACUCGCAAAGUUUUUUGAAAUCGUGCAUUAUCAAAAGAACGUAUUUUAAUUUGCGAAUGGUCUGUGAUGGAAACGAAGAGAAUUAGAUGUGCAAAGACUUCAAUUAAUAAAUUGUACAUUUAGGAAUUUAUUCAUAUAUGUGACAUGUUGAACGCUGUAUUCGUUAAUUAUUUGUUAUCAGUUUAUUGAGCCGUCGAGUCCAAAGGUCUAUAGAUUGAAAGAGAUUUUGAUAGAAAUCGUCAUGUGAACAAAGAUCUAUGGAUGUAAAAAUUUUUAAUUAGAAAUAAUUUUUAGCCUUUAGAACAUUUUAAUUCUAUCGCCUUCUUAAAUUGACGAAUUUAUUGAUUUAACUUAAUUAUGAAAUUUAGAUGCGAUCAAGAAUACGCGUUUAAAACGGAUAUCGUGGCGUGAAAGGUCCAAGACUUUGUAAAUCCGAGUCUGUGUGCGUGCGCGAAGAAAAAUACAUGAGAAUAAAAAAUACGUUAAGAUGCAUGAAAUAUAGAAAUGCAGAUCAUGAUAUAUAAACUUAAAGAAUUUAUGAAUUCAAAGAUUUAUGUGAUAUCAACGAUCUGUACAUCUAAGACUCUAUGGGCCCAAGAAUCUUCUUAUCCGAGGAUAUAUGAGGGCAAAAAUCUAUAUACUCAGGAAUCUAUAAAUCAACAGCAAGAAUCAACAAGAAUCUACAGAUUUAAAGAUCUGUGCGUGGACCUAAGAAUUCAAAUUAAAAAAAAAAAAUUACGAAUACGAAAAUUUGCAAUUACAAUAAUCUGUAAGUCCAAGGAUCUAUUGAUUUUGCGAAUUAACGUUUAAUUUGCGAUCUGAGAAUUAUUUUAGUUGUUAAGCAUAGAAGAGGCAUCGCAGCACUAUCAGGUCGGCACUGACAAGAUAACAUUGUAAUAAUACAAAAGGAACUCUCAUGCGCGUUUAGUACUUACUGAAUAAGAUUCCGCGAAAACCGCUAUAAAAUUACUGGAAGGGAAUUUAAAAGUCUAUACUUAAAGAACAAUUUUCAAAGAGCACUCGCGAUCAGUAAUUACUACAUUUUUAAUAGUGAUAGUACGAGAAAUGUACAUUGAUCGUAUACUAAUAAUAUAAAUAUGUUAUAUUAAUGAUAUAUAAUAUAUCGAUAUAGCUAAAGCAUUAAAAUUGUUGAUGCAUUAAUAGUAAUACUGAUCGUGGUAGCCCUCCAUAAGUACUUAAUACCAAUCUAAACGAUUGAUUUCUGGAUGUACUUAAGUGAAAGGCAUCAUUGAUCUUAAACUGAACUGUCGAUAUAUCACAAAUAGGCGUUUAGUCGCGAUCAACGUAAAAUGUUAUAUUGCACGCGAAGAUUUGUAUUGAUUUUGUCCAAACUGUGCGGCGCGACAUGUGGAAUGCAUAUUAUUUAUAUAUUGUAUCAUGUAAUAUUUAAUAUUUAUUAGUUCACGUAAUCCUAUAUUCCCUGUACAAGUUGUUAAGUUCUGUGGCUGACGAGCGAAGAAAUUGGCCGAACCGUUCCCCUUUUCUUUUGCAUUGACACGAAUAUUACGUUCGGACGAAAGAAAAUACAUUCCGGAGAUUCAAAUGAUCGAAAAGAAUUGAGAAAACGGAGGUUGGAUCAUCGAUACGAGUCUCCCCUAACGGAACAUCAACCGGAGGAAAACGAUGUAUCAAAUUUUAUGUACAAGUAUAUUUUAUGUAGUUUUCAUUAGGUUAAUUAUACUAUGCGACUACUAUGUAUUACAGUAGAUAAGUAUCGGUUAUACAAAAAUAUAGAUCUUAAAAUCCGUAAAUCUGUUAAUCCAUAGAUUCACCGAUUCACAUUCAGCAUCAUAGACCCUCGCUUCUACGAAAUAUGUAUAGUCUCGUAGUUUGAAAGACAAAUAGAUCCAUGGAUCUACAGAUUCACAGAUCCAUCGAUCCACACACGUGCACAGGUCCAUCUAUAUAUACAUAUAUAUACAUAUAUUUUAGAGAUUUACAAUCAUUUCUUCAUAAUUCCUUCAACCUAUUAUUAUUCAUAAGUUCUUGAUUAAUAUCUUCACGAUAGUCGUUUAAGCGCCUGUUUGUUAAAUCAGGAUUAAAUCUACCAUGUAUCUUGAGAUAUAAAUUUCCUAACAUUAUUCGAAUAACGCGAGCAUCUAAAAAACAAAGGUGUCUGUAAGACGUUCUUUUGUAGGCAUCUUUAAGAUUUCUUUUUCCAAAAUGGCGUUUAAAGUAUGUCGAUUGAAUAUCCUGCGACUUUCCGAGAAGUGAUCGUCACGUUUAUAAAGUCUUAAAGUUGUCUAUUACACGACAUUUUCCGGACUACGCAAGAAAAGGAUGUUACUACAGUAAUUAUAGUAAUUAUUGUAACACAAUCUAUUAAUUCCUAUGCGUAUCGCGUGCCUAAAGUUUGGUGAAACUAAAGCUUUAGAGGAAAUUGUAAUUAGAUCGCGGGUUCACUCGACGCAGCAAGCUCGAGCGUUUAACAAGAGCCGUAGGACAGAUUUUUUCUCCCCUUCGCGCUCUCAGUUCUUUCCUUUCGUGAGCAAUAUUUAUGCCUGCGUGAUUGCCCAGCCGGGUAGCGGCUAUCCAUCAACAUCUGAGCAAACAACAUCCGUGGUCUAAUUAUAAUCAUAAUCGGAUGGCAGUUAUAGGGAAUAAUAAAUAAAUUGGAGACGCCUA